AUGGCAAACGAGCCCAGGGCUUCCGAUUAUUAUGCAAUCCUGGGACUGGAACAAUAUCGACGUGCCGGAGAACUGGAACUCGAGGUCAUCAAGCGUGCGUAUAGGCAGACACUCUUGAAGUUCCAUCCCGACAAGAGUGCCCCCGCACAACUAGUCGAAAUGGAAACCGAGAAAGCAGACCAUUUGACAGUAGACGAAAUCUCACUCGCAUACAAGACCCUGUCUGAUCCGAAGCUCCGAGCUGAGUAUGAUCAGCUCAUCGCAGAGCCUGUCAAGGCUACUUCGACCGGCGAGCGAAUUCAUCGGACAGGCCUCGAGACUGUCGAUCUUGACACACUGGACUAUGACGAAGAACUUCAAGCGUGGACCCGCGCCUGCCGAUGCAGCGAUACUCUGGGCUUCGUGGUUACGGAGACCGAAUUAGAAUUGAAUAUCGACGUCGGCGAGCUCACGGUGGGUUGCAAAGGCUGUAGCCUUUGGCUCAGGGUGUUGUUCAGCGUCGAAGAUGAUGGAUGA